AUGCAAGGAGGACAGAUCACUUUCAUUCUUCUCUGUGCAUUAUCAGUCACUCAAUCCCUUGCACCGGAACUGGUCCACAUGAUUGAGGCUGAAACUGGCAGUAAUGUGACUUUGAAAUGCUCAGCCUCUGGAACUGACCAACAGUUGUUCUUUUGGCAUAAACUUCAGUUUGGGUAUAUGAUUCAAAGUGUGGCAACAGGCAACAUGGCAAACAUAGCACUAAAAAAAAAUGUUGAACGCUCAAGAUUUAAUGUCACAAAAGUGGGGGAUGUGUAUUCUCUUUUUAUAAGAAAUGUCAGCAAAGAAGAUGAAGCAAUGUACCUUUGUCAGGCAGGAGCAUCCUACGCAGCAAAAUUCACUAACAGCAGUCAGCUAGUUGUAAAAGGUCCCAAAAAGAAACAAAAAUUUGUUAAACAGAGUCCCGACGUGGAGCUGGUUCUGCUGGGAAACACAGUGAACCUGCAGUGUUCGGUCCUGUUAAACACCAGAGAAAGCUCAGAUGAGUGUUCAGAUGACCACAGAGUUUUCUGGUACAAAGCUGGAUCAGAAAAACAUGCAGACAAUAUCUAUAUAACCAAUUCAGGCUGUGAUGUUCAAAAAGAAAGGAGAUGUGUCUACAAUCUGCCCAAAGUCGUGAAGAAUUCUUCGGAUUCCGGCGUUUACUAUUGUGCUGUGCUCUCACGUGGAGAAAUCCUGUUUGGUAACGGAACUGAAGUCCUGAUAAAAAAAGAACUCUGCCCGUAUGUCAUCAUAUUGGGGUUGACCUGCAGUUUACUUGUGACUUUCUCUUUGAUUCUUAUAAGAAGAAAGCAAACCCAAGUUUGUGACCAGUGCAAAGAAACAGGAAAUCCUACAACGUUCCUUCCUGCUGAACGAGACAUAUUACCAGAAACCCAUUUGAACAAUGAGCAGGAAGUUGAAGGACCUGAAAUAAACUAUGCCGCAUUGCACUUCUCACGGAAAACCAAAUGGCCGAAGAAAAAGAGGAAGUUUAAGGAAGAAUCCAUAUAUUCAACUGUGAGACACUUCAGUGAUGGAGAGGCUAAUGAGGACUGAAGACACUGUUCUGUGAUUCAUGUGGAGUUAAAUAAAAAAGACGUCUAUAUAAUUCUGUGCAGUAAUAUUAAAGAAGAUUUAGACAGCUUAACAUAAGGGACAUCUGCUGUUUUGAAGUUGGUACAAUUAAAUAUCUAAAUUUAAAUACAUUCUUUUUUUUAACCUAUAUUAAAGAUUGAGUUUGGAAAUAUUGACAUUAAAACAUGAAUGUUUUUGUUCUA